AAAUUACCAAGAACAAAAUUAAAUGGCUUCAAAUAUUUCUCUACACUCUAUUUUACUUGUGCUAAUUAUUAUAACGUUGUACUACAAAGUUGUUGUGGGGUGGGUACCUGUAAUAACCGAUCCCACAAAAGGGUUCGUUUCUCAGCGUUUGAACGAAUCGAAUCUCGUGAUCCAACGGCCGUACGACGUGCCUGAAAACCGACGGUACAGAUUCGACAACGGCGUUCACAAACUGUGGGUUUUCAACACCGACAAGCCUCACUCUAUCAUCAGUAACACCAACCCUCGUACCGAGAUUCGAGUAAAGGGAUACGACUAUUCGUCGGGGGUGUGGCAAUUCGAGGCGUACGGGUACGUGCCAUGUGGCACUUCCGGAGUGUGCAUCAUGCAAGUGUUCGGGUCGGCCCCACCUUACGCGACAACACUAAUGCUCCGAGUGUACAACGGUACGCUCGCGUACUAUCGAGCGCCUGUCGUUGCGCCAAAUAUAUACGAUCGAUGGUUCAGAUUGAACGUGAUUCACGACGUAGAAGCGAGUAGAGUAGAGGUAUACAUCAAUGGAGUUUUGAAGUAUGAAGGGAGUGGAAGAGGGGGAGCCUCUCAUUACUUCAAGUGUGGAGUCUAUGCACAAAAUGAUGAUUCUUAUUACAUGGAAUCACGUUGGAAGAAAAUUAGAAUCCUUAAAAAAUGUGACUAAUUAAUUAGAUAUUAUAUAUGUGGUACUUUUAAAUUAGUGUGUGUUUGUAAUAAAAUAAUAAAUCCAUGUUUUAGUAAUUAUAUGUAUUAAUGUUUGGUAGAUUUUAA